AUGGCAUCGUCGGCCUCGUCCGCAUCGACGGCCGCUUCGGCAUCCAAUGCGAUUGCGAUUCCUAGACGCAAGAACAAACUGCAUCAUCACACUUCGCGUCAUUCCAUGGAUUCGACAUUGGGUAACCACUUUGGCUACGGUCGUGGCUACGAUAGCUACGGAAGUUUGGCGACUAGCUCCACGGCCUCAACGCCGCAGGGUAGUCCGGGGAAUGAGAGAAAUUGUGGACGAAGGACGAGUUUGAUGUCUGCGACCUUCUCCAAGGCAGAGCACACAGUGAUCAAUGUCGGGGAUUCAGAGAGUCCGCGCCUGAUCACCUGUGUCAAGGCUUCCCAGGGCUUCGACUGGAAUCAAGAAAUCUUCCUACCUAGUUAUGCAGAGUACCACUUUGACGAUCUCGAGACACGAAAGGAUCCGGUAGAGGACAUCAUACUCACGGAUGAGGAGGCAGAGAAGAUGUUCCCGUCGUAA